AUGACGGAAACAUUACAUGCGAUACAAGUCUAUCCUUCUGCUAUGUUUCUAAAAAAUGACCAAACUUUGCAAAAUCGAAGCAAAACCGAAGAAGGCGUGCGCCAGCAACUUCUCCUCCAAUGGAGCAAAGAAAUCAGCGAUAUGGGCGUUGCUUUCCGAUCAAAGGAAAGCAUUGAGGAGAAACUUAGAAAUGAAAUCAAGAAGAAAGAAAACUACAAAGGCACGGGAGGAGGUAGCUGUGGAAUGACAAAGUUAGCGCAAUAUCUUCAACCACUUGCUGAUGCACUCGCCGAAAAACGCAUCUUAUGUGUGGAGUACCGGGAAUUGAAGUGGUGGAAAAUGUUUGAGUUAGAUAAAGUUUUUGUUAUAGAUGACAACUGCGGAGGCGAAAGAGCCGGCGAAGCGGACAACACUAACAUGAAUGAUGUUGAAAUGCAGGAAGGAGAGGAUGAUGUCGCGACUAGGCCUGCUUCCCAAGAGCGCCCCGGAUUAUCUACUGAAGCCGAUUUCGUUCUUUCGUCUUCCCGCCAGAGAAGCGCAGCCGCGUGA